AUGGACCACGAUGGGCAGCACGAGCAAGACGAUGAUGUCUACGGAGGCGAGCUGCCUGAGGAGGCUUACAUGGAGUCAGACUUCGAGCCUUCUGCUGAUGCGGAAGGGUAUGCAGAGGAUGACUCCAAAGGCAAGGACUUGGAGAGUAUGAAGAAGAGAUUGCAGGAGAUAGAAGAAGAAGCUGGCGCGCUGCGCGAAAUGCAGGCCAAGGUUGAGAAAGAGAUGGCCGCAACUCAAGAUUCAAGUGGAGCCUCUGCUACCCAAGCUGAAAAGGAAGAGGUGGAUUCUCGAUCCAUUUAUGUUGGCAAUGUGGACUAUGCAUGCACACCUGAAGAGGUGCAGCAACAUUUUCAGUCUUGUGGAACUGUGAACAGGGUCACCAUCUUGACCGACAAGUUUGGUCAACCCAAAGGUUUUGCUUACGUGGAGUUUGUUGAAAUUGAGGCUGUUCAGAAUGCUCUUCUGCUUAACGAGUCAGAACUACAUGGCCGUCAGCUGAAGGUGUCAGCUAAGAGAACUAAUGUUCCUGGCAUGAAACAAUUCCGGGGAAGGCGUCCCAAUCCCUAUUUUGGGUCAAGAAGGCCUUUUAUGUAUGCUCCUGUCUACCCUCCUUUUGGCUAUGGGAGGAUUCCAAGGUUCAGACGUCCUAUGCGCUACAGGCCUUAUUGA